UCAACAUUUCGUGUACGUUUUAUUGAACCCAUAAUUGAGCCUUUUAUUUUUAUAUUCAAAAAUAUGGAUAUAACUUGGGGUGAAAUUUCAAGCAUACCCUCAGCAAACUGCCGAAAUUUACAUCUCAAAGAAGGCAAAAGACGUAGAAUUGGUUCAAAAGCUGAUGGUAUAGGAUCUCUUGUCAAUCUAGAUGAUAAAGAACUUCUUAUUUUUGAGCUAUCCGGAGCACCAUCCCGUCUUCCAAAGAGACAUGCAGAGGGAGAUAAAGUAAAACUUGAACGGUGCAUGAUUGAUGUGCUCAAUGACCAUCUGGAAGAUUAUAAAAUGUGUGAUAUUGAGGUUGCUAAGAAACUCCGAGUAUUCGGUUUUCAAACUGAUGAAA